GGUCCUGAGGCGGGAUGUGAUAGGUCUGCUUUUUAGUGCAGUGCAGUCUCCUUCAGCUCGCCCUCCAACCGGUGACGCCUGCCUCGGCCGUGCGGUGUGAGGAACUUCUUCAUUAAAGUGACUUUAGUGUGCCGCUAGCUCCAUCCUCUGCCGAAAAAAUGGCCGUGCCUCCCUGCUAUGCUGACUUGGGCAAAUCAGCCAAGGACAUCUUCAACAAAGGCUAUGGAUUUGGCCUGGUGAAGCUCGAUGUCAAGACGAAGUCAGCCAGUGGAGUGGAAUUCAAAACUGCUGGUUCCUCCAACACUGACACCAGCAAAGUUGCGGGCAGCCUGGAAACUAAAUACAAGAGGCCAGAAUACGGCCUGACCUUCACUGAGAAGUGGAACACUGACAACACCCUGGGAACAGAAAUCACCGUUGAAGAUCAGAUUGCAAAGGGACUGAAGUUGACUUUUGACACAACCUUCUCACCGAACACUGGCAAGAAGAGCGGCAAAGUUAAGACCGCCUACAAGCGUGAGUACGUCAACUUGGGCUGUGAUGUCGACUUUGACUUUGCUGGCCCCACCAUCCACGGUGCUGCUGUCGUCGGUUACGAGGGCUGGCUCGCAGGUUACCAGAUGACCUUUGACACUGCCAAAUCUAAGAUGACCCAGAACAACUUCGCCAUUGGCUACAAGACAGGAGACUUCCAGUUGCACACCAACGUCAAUGAUGGAGCUGAGUUCGGAGGCUCCAUCUACCAGAAGGUGAGCGACAAGCUGGAGACGGCUGUCAAUCUGGCCUGGACCGCUGGCAGCAACAGCACACGCUUUGGCAUCGCAGCCAAAUACCAGCUGGACAAGGACGCCUCCGUCAGUGCUAAAGUAAACAACAAUAGCCUUAUUGGUGUUGGAUACACCCAGACACUUAGACCAGGUGUGAAACUCACCCUGUCUGGCCUGGUCGAUGGCAAGAACAUCAAUGCAGGAGGCCACAAGCUGGGUCUGGGCUUGGAACUGGAAGCUUAAGCCCUCCUCAUACUGCAAGGGACUAGGGAAUAUCAGAAGAAUCUGGCCUUAAAUGUAUGUCCAACUCAAACCAGCAGGGGGAUAUCGUGGAGAGAUUGGUUCAAAGGCUACAACAAACUUGUUGAGUACCACUUCAAGUUGGUGCUUCAGUCAUUGGUAUAUUUUACCUUUGUUGCUUCUUACUUUGUAGUUGCAUCUAUUCAAGAGGCAGUUGGUGGCAUAUAACUUAAAGAUCAUGUCAUUGUUUCUGUCCAGCACUGCCAUAAUAAUGAUAUCCAAUUCAAUCCCUUCAUCAACUCUGUAUGGCUUUAUUGUGAGAAUCCUAGACACUGUUUUUCUUAAUGAGAACAUCAGUGGAUGGUUUUGUGUGGUGAAUGUUGUCAACCUUCUCUCAUGAGCAUCUGAUAUUCCUUUGUCGUCUACAGUUUUCAUUUGCAAUCAUUAAGUACACUAGGCUUUUUCUGCUCUUAUUUAAAAACUGCUGCACCCUUCCUGUUCAUGCACACGAGGACAAACUGAAGCUCUAUAGUUUUGUUUUGUGCCGGCCAUCAGGGUUCAUCAUGUUCUGCUAAGCUUCCUUUAACUAGGCAGUUUCUGGGUUGCUUACAGAUAGGUUUGUAUGUAUGAGAAGAACCUGUAUGCUUGGCCAGGCAGAAUUAUUUUUGUUUUUUUCUGUGAUAACAGAAAACUGGAGCUACAUAAAUGUUCACAGUAAUGCCAAACUAUCAUCGUGUGGAAGAGGUGUAACCUAAAGUGUGCACUUGUGGAAAAGUCCCUGCACUGGGCUGAGACAGAGCCCACAGGAAGUCUUGGGGGUCCUUAUGUGUAUGUAUAAGUUUUCAAUAAAGUCUUUGAACUCCA